UCUCCUUCGUCCCUUCUUGGGGUCGCUCGAACCCCUGAUCUGCUGCUCCCCUCUCUCUCCCGGUCUCCUGCUACGGUCCUGACCCUCGCCGUUGGGACUACAGACCUACCUACCUCGGGCGGGAACUAAGUUCGUGGCGUGGGAGCUGGAGUCGUCGGAGUCGUGGAGCUUUGGAGGGGAUUGGAUAGAUUACUUUUCUGGGCGUGAAUUUCCUCAGAGAUAAAAUGGAACGGAUAAUAACUACCUCACAGGUUAUUGGAAGGCUUAAGUGAGGUCUUCUCUGCUGGUGGAAAUGUCUAUGAUUUUAUCUGCCUCAGUCAUUCGUGUCAGAGAUGGACUGCCACUUUCUGCUUCUACUGACUAUGAACAAGGCACAGGCAUGCAGGAGUGCAGAAAGUAUUUUAAAGUGCUCUCAAGAAAACUGGCUCAGCUUCCUGAUAGAUGUACACUGAAAACUGGACGUUAUAAUAUUAAUUUUAUUAGCUCUAUGGGAGUGAGCUACAUGAUGUUGUGCACUGAAAAUUACCCAAAUGUUCUGGCCUUCUCUUUCCUGGAUGAGCUUCAGAAGGAGUUCAUUACUACUUAUAACAUGAUGAAGACAAAUACUGCUGUCAGACCGUACUGUUUCAUUGAAUUUGAUAACUUCAUUCAGAGGACCAAGCAGCGAUAUAAUAAUCCCAGGUCUCUUUCAACAAAGAUAAAUCUGUCUGACAUGCAGAUGGAAAUCAAACUGAGGCCCCCUUAUCAAAUUUCCAUGGGUGAGCUGGGGUCAGCCAAUGGAGUCACAUCCGCAUUUUCUGUUGACUAUAAAGGUGCUGGUAAGAUUUCUUCUGCUCAUCAGAGACUGGAACCAGCAACUCUUUCAGGGAUUGUGGCAUUUAUCCUUAGUCUUUUAUGUGCUGCUCUGAAUUUAAUUCGAGGCUUUCAUGCCAUAGAAAGUCUCCUGCAGAGUGAUGGUGAGGACUUUAAUUACAUCGUUGCGUUUUUUCUUGGAACAGCAGCCUGCCUUUACCAGUGUUAUUUACUUGUCUACUAUACCAGCUGGCGGAAUGUCAAAUCUUUUUUGACUUUUGGUUUAAUUUGUCUAUGCAACAUGUAUCUCUAUGAACUGCGCAAUCUCUGGCAGCUUUUUUUUCACGUGACUGUGGGAGCAUUUGUUACACUACAGAUCUGGCUAAGGCAAGCCCAGGGCAAAGCUCCUGAUUAUGAUGUCUGACACCAUCCUUCAGACAUAUUGCCUUUCCUUAAGGAGGAAAAGGAAGGACACCACCACUGUGAUGAAGAAACUGUUGACCACAGAUGAGAAGCUCCGCUUUCUUUCUCUGCAGCUGUCCUUUUUAAGUCAGCCUAGCAUGCCUGUGAGCAUGCAAUACCUGGUAGGCAAACUCUUCUCAACAGACUGUUGUCUAUGAUUAUCAUUCAGAAGAAGAUAAGGAGACCUCUCUACAGGGCAAUGGCAGUGGAAGAACAGUCAGAUGCCAUUGGAAGACUUGGCCAGCAGCUCUGAAUCAUGGCUGGAGAAUUCAGUCAAAAAGUGUGUGUGGUACUUGCUCUGAGAACCAAGCAGGAACUCUACAACCCCGGUUUGCCUUUGUAAGGCAUUAGUAUAGACCAAAUAAAAGAUGCUGCAAUGAAUUGGAAAGUUUAUGUGUAAAACAAAUGACUUACUAAAUAUUAGAUCAUUUGCACAUUUGUUGUACCAUGAGUUUAUGAAGUUCAGAUUGGUAUGGAGUGGGUUCUUUUUCCUUUUAUAUUUUUGCUUGAAUCUUAACUCUGGAAAUCACCUGAUGUAGGAGAAGGCUGUGGUGAGUUCAUCCCUGGAGUGUCAUAAGUAUUGAAAACACAGUGACACAUGUUUCUUUCCUAGACCGCAUUUAUACCUUCUUUUGAAAUUACUUUUUAAAAAUAUGUCAUUAGGCUAUAGCCGUUAUUUGCCAAACUUCAAUCACUUAAGUGUUUCAUAUACUAUUAUUUACUUAAUAUUUAUCUUUUAAAUUUUAAAAUAUUUUAAAAAGAAACUAACCUCUACUCCAAGUGAAAAACCAGCAUCAGUUUGCCAUUAAAAAAGAGAACUACAAAAUAAAUUAAAAAUAAAACAGGAUGUU